AUGCCUCCCUCGACACAGCAAACGCGCAAGCGCAAACGAAGCCCCAAACCGUCCACCUCCAGCGCCAACACACCAACUCCAUCCUCGGUUCUGAACCAUCCCUCCUUCCGCACAACACCAACCCACAUAUUUUUCCACGGCGGCAUCCUCUCCAACUGGCAUCCCAGCCUAUCGCCAUUCCCUGGUAAAAGAGGACUAGAGAUCUGUCUCCCCCUCCUCGACAAACUAGGCAUCGCACACCCAUCACAAGAAGCCUAUUCCACGCUCUUGAUCCAUGAGUUUGGCUUCGGGCGCGGAGAGCAAUGGAUGAUGGCCAUGAAGGCGUGGCUCUUUGAAUGUGAUAUGGAUGAAAGCGGGCUGAAGCCGUUCCAAAGGGCGGGGAAGGUAUCUGACGAGGAAUUCAAGCAGUUCCAGAGUGACAUCCUUUCCCCAUCUGCGCCUGCACCUUCCUCUUCAUCUUCCGGAAGAGGACGGGGGCGUGAAACUGCAGAGCUAGAGAAAAUAUAUGCCAGGGAUUCGCACCUUCCGUGUAUCCUCCGGACGAAUGUUCCUAGGUCGCAAAAGGCAUUAGGCAGAAAAGUGCGUGGGUUCCGGCCAGAUGUGUGGAACAAGGCCUCAAUUCCGAUUAUAAUGGCAGGGUGUGUUGCGAGGGCGCAGGUGGAUCAGGGCUUAAGGAGUGUGUAUCUGGCUGCGCAGGAGAGGACAUUCGUAGAGGGCAGUCCUCGGGACCGCAUAUGGGGGGUUGGGCUGAAGUGGGAUUCGAAGGCGAUUGAGGACGAGGCCAACUGGAGAGGGGAGAAUCGGCUGGGCAGAUGUCAUGGCGAGGCGGCCAGGAUGAUACAGAGAGUUAAUAGAAGUAGUUGA